AUGGAGAUAGAUUCAAUCACAAUAAAAGCUCCUCAGUUUAGCAUAACCCAGGUCAAGAACGCUUUGUUGAAAAUAAGGAAAACUGCAACAGGCCCUGAUGAAAUCCCAUUUUGGGUAUGGAAGGAAAACGCUGAUGUAUUUGCACCUGUUAUGACCAAGAUUUGGAAUGAAUCUCUCUCUACAUCCACAUGGCCUAUCUCUUGGAAAAUUGCUCAUAUAGAUCCUUUACCAAAAGUCGAGAAUCCAAAGGAAUAUUGUGAAUUUAGAGGUAUAAACGUCACACCUGUGAUUGGACGAUGCUUCGAAAGAACGGUUUAUCAUUAUCAUAGUAAAAGAUCUUUCGAGGCUGAGUUAUCAUCUUCCCAGUUUGCUUAUCGAAUCGGUGGGUGUAGCACAGACGCCUUAAUUAAAUUACAGUAUAUGUACCUGAAAGCACUAGAAGAACCAAAUUGUGAUGCAGUGAGAUUAAUUGCAAUGGACUUUUCCAAAGCAUUUGACAAUGUAAAACACGCAAAACUGAGUGAAAAAUUGAAAUCGAGUUCUAUGAACCCUUAUUUAGUAAAUUGGUACUUAAAUUUCUUAAAAAUCGAAUUCGAAGACAGAGAAUAG